UGUGUGUGUGUGUGUGUGUGUGUGUGUGUGUGUGUGUGUGUGUGUGUGUGUAGCUCACAGGGUCAGUUCUGGAGGAUGCGUGGAAGCAGAGCGGAAAAUCUCACAUGGAUGAACUGGUCCGGAAAAUCGAAGAGAUCUUACUGGACGCUCAGUGCAGCCGUGAUGUGAGACAGAUGUUGUUGAAGCUGGUGGAGUUGAGAUCCAGUAACUGGGGCAGAGUUUAUGCAGCAGCAGCACACAGCGAUGCCACGCCCGACAACGACCCCGACUACUACAUGAAUGAACCCACUUUCUACACUGCGGAUGGAAUUCCAUUCACAGCCGCCGACCCAGGCUCUACAGUGAGGAGGAGGAGGAGAUGGAGCCAGAGAUAGAAGAGGCGUUUGAGAAGUUCUGUCUGGAGACUGAGA